UCCAUCGUGGUAUACGCUAUAAGACGUAUACUGAUAACUGAUUAGUGACUAGUGAAUAUAUUAUUAUUAUUUAUUAUAGUGAUUACUGAAUACUUAUUAUUAUUAGACUUACUUAUUUAGUACUCAUUUAAUAUUUUAUUAAACUAUUUAUGAUGGAUUUUGAAAAGUUAAAGGAAAAAACUUUUGAAGAUGCACAUAAAGGUAAUGUUGACCAAGUCAUGAAAGCAGUCGAAGAGCACUUGAGGCUGUUAAAAGAAGUGGACGUUAACAAUCGUUUGCUCCUUCAUUGGGCAGCGCUUGGGGGCCAUGAUAGACUUGUACGAUACCUUCUCGAAAAUGGUCAACCAGAAGAUUCUCGAGAUGACAUGCAAACUACUCCUCUUAUAUUAGCAGCAUCAGGUGGCCGCAUUGAUACAGUAAAAACUCUUAUAGAAUAUGGAGUAAAUAUUAACGCAAAAAACGAAGAAGGACAUUCUGCACUUCAAUAUGCAGCUUCAAAAGGUUGGACAGAAAUUGUCAGAUAUUUAGUAUCAAAAGGCGCUGAUGUUGAUAUUGCUGAUAAUAGAGGAGCAACACCAUUACAUAGAUGUGCAUCAAAAGGAAACAUGUCAGUGCUAAAAAUUUUAUUGGACUGUGAUGUACAUGUAGAUGCUAAAGAUAAUUAUGGAAACACACCACUCCAUUUAGCUUGUGAAGAAGGACGUGUACAAGAAGCUGGAUUAUUGAUUAAAAGUGGAGCUGAUAUCACUCUCUUAAACAAAGAAAAAUUAACACCUUUUGAUUUAGCACCAUCUGAUGUACAAGGCAUUUUAAGAAAAAUCUAAAAUAAUAAAAUUGUCUUGGGUGAGGAUCAUAUAAUAUGUUGUACAAUUAAUAUAAAAAGUGGAUGGAAUAUUGUUAGGACAUUAUUCUAUCAUAAAUGGUAAAAGAGUCCAAGAAAAAUAACUCAAUUAAAUUAUAUUUUAAUCACUAUAAAGUUAACUAUGUACGUAGUGUCGUAGUUUAUCUAAAAAAGGUCUGUAACAUCCUAAGAAUCUUCACAGAUAAUCAAUAUUCUACAAUGCUGUUUCUUUUAGUGUAAUCUUAAGAAAAAUUUAAUCUACUAUAAAGUUAUUUUACUUGGAAUAUUUUUUUUUUGUAACUUUACGUUAACUUUUUUUAAAUUGAUUAAAAAAAUACUAUACUUGCUGAUUACAUUUUUGAUUUUCUUACUAGAUAAUGUAACCAAUAGGCAAUAACCAUUAAUUUCAAAAAAUCAACUCUAUAUUAUUGAACUCAAACUUGAUUGCAAUGUCAACUUUUUCAUGAAUUAACAAAAAAUGUCUACCUUUAAGUAGAGAUUUGUGUUCAAUUAACUGGGUAAAUUGUUUAUUUUUUUUAUUGAAUUAAAUAGUUAAUUAUAUAUUGAUUUGUCGUGGAGGUCCUUAUAAUUGAUAUAUAUGACUUAGGACAUAUUAUAUACUACAAACAACUCUAUUAGCUAUCAACACUUACAGGCCAAAUUUGAAGGAUUCUAGUCCCCAUCAUGUACUUAAAUCUGUUCCAUUUCUCACAAAUAUUGUUUAUUUUAUGUUUACCAUUACUUUAUAUAUGUUCCAUACCACAGGGCACGGGUUACUAAUAAAAUUAUUUAAUUCAAAGAAGUUCUAUAUUUAUCAUUUUCAAUGUUCCCAUACAUAAUAUAGUAUAACCAUGAACUAAGAAGAAAUCAUCUUAGUUUAUGUAAAUAACAUAAAAUGAAUUAUUAAAUUAUGUUCCAAGUGAGUAUACUAGAUACUUAACACUUUACUUGAAAACAUUUUUCUUGAACUUUUUGUCUGUUUUUCCUUCUUACCUAACCUUGGUGCAAUAUUGCAUUAUGAAAAUAUUGAUAAAAAAUUAUUCUAAAUGCUUAGUUUUAUGAUUAUUUACUAUUAAAUAUAAUCUGUGAAGUUAAAAACUAAUGAGUGUCUCUAAAGUAUUAGCAUAUUUGUUUUUUUAAUCCCAUAAAAUACCUAUUUAUUAUCAUACUAAUAUAGUACCUAUGUAAAAAUAAUUAUAAUUUAUGUAUGAUUAUUUUCAAUUAAAAAUUACUCAUUAUGUGUACUACAAAAUUAUUAGUUACAAUAAUAUACAUACAUUUACUGAGAUGUAUAAUAAAACAGAAAAAGUCUAAUUUGAUGCAAUUGUAAAGUAUUAACAGUUGGAAACUAAAUUGUUUGUUAGUAAUAUACAAUAUGGAACUAAAAUCAGUCACCCACUCCAUAUUUAUUGUAAAUAAUAAUAAUAUGUCUUGUAAUAAUUCUGAAAUAGACUUGUAUAUAUUUAAAUAAUUAAUUAGUAUUGUGAUGAUAUGAUAUUAUAUUUAAUUUAAGUAAA